UCAACAAAAUGGAAUUAUUUGAAAUAAAUAUCAAUCUAGAAUUUCAUAUUUAGCUAUAAUGCAUUUGAAUUACAAAGUAUAACCAAAAGAAUUUUCUUGUAGGUACCAACCUUUAGACUUCUUAUAAAGUAAAUAUUUUGAAUUUUUUCUUUUGCAUUACUAUUGUUAUUGUUUAUGUAUGUUUUAACAGCUAUUUAGUAAGUGAUUUUUUUUUAAAAUGUUUCAUAUAGUUUUAUUUAAAAAUAAGUUCUAGCCUGUCAGGUACUUUAACAUAGUACAUUUGGUCCAUAUGCAAUUUGAGUUUGGGACUGCUGUAUUAUUUGAUGAGACAAUCAGUUGAGAGUGUAAAUCUACUAGUUAAAUUAUACCUCCAUCUCAAGAGUUUUCUAUCAAUUGUAAAUAAAGCCUAAGUAUCUUGUGCAUUGAUCCAUAUAUCCAGUUUUUAAAAUACAAUCAUUUCUCAUUUUAUGAAUACCUGCAUUACAAAACCUGAGAAUUGUGAAUUCAUCUUUUGAAAAUAAGAAUUGUUUAGAAACAACAAACAACUGACGUUUUAUCACCAGUAACAAAAAUGGUCUGCUAGCAAGCAUAUGAUUACCCAUGGCAAUACAACUUGGAUGCAACAUUUUAAUUAAUAAUUAUAGUUUACUUCAGCUCUUGCUGUGUAAAUUAACUCGUAAAGUCAAGCCUCGAAAUGAUUUGGAGCCAUUUGGAGACAUUUUGCAUGAAUAUAAAGGUAUUCUAGCUGCAUGGCCUGAAAUAGUGCAGAUACAAAAAGGAGCUGUACAGAAGAAAAAAGAGCACCAGAAGUUAAUGGAAGAAGGAAAACUAUCUCAGGAGAAUGUUGCUGCUAUAGCACGUCGAACUGACAUCAUAUCAUAUGCUGUAAUGGCUGAAAUCACUCAUUUCCAACAAGAACAAGUGGGAGAAUUUAAAAAUAUGAUUCAAGGUUUUCUUCAAGCACAAGUCAAGUUUUAUUUAAAGGUGAGCAUUGUUAUUAUCAAUUGUUUAUGUAUAUGGAAUGCUAAU